UGAGCAUCCCGCGAGCUGCGCUCCAAACUUUCACCGUCUCCUUCUCCUUCAAAACUCCCUUUAACUUCGGCUGCUUUAUUUGUUCCUUGGUUAAAAUGACUGAGGCCAGAGAAAACGAAGAGGAAAUUCAGUUUCUGCGCACGGGGGACGAGGUGGUGUUGCAGAGCACCUUCAGCUCUGAGCAGGAGCAGCUGAAGUUGUGUCUGGCGGCUGAAGGCUUUGGCUGCAGACUCUGUGGUCUGGAGCCCACCUCUAACUGCAAGAAUGUACCACCGGACCUCUCUGUGUGUGUAUUUGUUCUGGCCCAGUGCCUCUCUGUCCGAGCCCUUCAAGAGAUGCUGGCCUCUAGGGAGGACCCCACCGCAGGGGUAAGAGCAGUCCCAGACUGUCAUCGAACACUGUUGUAUGGCCAGGCGGUGUUGUUCCGACAUUCAUACAGUGGCAUGUAUCUCAGCUGUUUGUCCUCUUCUCUGUCUUCAACUGAUAAGCUUGCAUUUGAUGUUGGUCUGCAAGAAGAUAAAGAAGGUGAGUCAUGCUGGUGGACUGUCCACCCAGCGUCCAUGCAGAGGUCAGAGGGCGAGAAGGUGCGUGUUGGAGAUGACCUCAUACUGGUCAGUAUCUCCUCAGAGAGAUACCUGCACCUGUCCUAUGGCACUGCGCUGGACAACAGGCAGAGUGGGAGGGUGGUGGUGGACGCAGCCUUCCAGCAGACUCUGUGGAGCGUGGCGCCGGUCUGCUCUGCCGGUGGAGUGGCUCAAGGCUACCUGAAAGGAGGAGACACACUGCGGCUGCUUCACGGACACAGCGACGCCUGCCUCACCCUGCCCUCCAGAGAGUAUGGAGAGGAGCUGCAAAGAACAAUCCAUUAUGGGAUUGGCUCAGUGUCCAGCCAGGCCUGCUCCCUCUGGAGACUGGAGAUUCUGCGUGUCAUGUGGAGCGGGAGCCACGCCCGCUGGGGCCAGCCCUUCCGCCUGCGCCACCUGACCACCGGGAGAUACCUGGGGCUGACGGAGGAAGGCGGCCUUCAUCUGGUGGAGCGCAACAGAGCUGACGUCGGCACCUCCUCUUUCUGCUUCCAACCCUCGAAGGAAAAGGCUCAACCAUGCUCUAAAAAGGAUGUUGAGGGCAUGGGCACAGCAGAGAUCAAGUAUGGAGACUCAAGCUGCUACAUCCAGCAUGUAACCUCCGGCCUGUGGCUCACCUACCAGGCGGUGGACGGGAAGUGUGCACGCAUGGGGUCCAUUCAGCGCAAGGCCAUUCUGCACAGCGAGGGUCACGUGGACGACGGGCUGACGCUCUCCCGCUCCCAGAGAGAGGAGUCGGGCAUCGCCAGGCUCAUCCGCACGGCGGUUCACCUCUUCACUGCAUUCGUCAGGAAACUGGACGGUCUGGAUCAACAAGAAAACGUCUCCUCGGUAAACCUCCAACUAGAGACAAUACAACUCUGUCUGGGGGAUCUGAUUCAUUUCUUCAAGCCCCCAGAGGAGGGACUGGGGCAUGAGACCUACCAGAACGGCCUGAAGACCUUGAAGAAAAGACAAAGCCUGUUUCAAGAGGAGGGCGUGGUGAACCUGGUGGUGGACUGCCUUGAUCGUCUCCAUCUGUACACCAGCGCCGCUAACUUUGCUGAAUCUGUUGGGGGGAGCGGAGAGGGAGAAGGCUGGGAAAGCCUCCUCAAUGUUUUCUAUCAACUACUGGCGUCUCUGAUCAGGGGGAACCGCAGAAGCUGUGCCCGGUUCUCUUCCUCACUGGACUGGCUGGUGGAGAGGCUGGAGCGAACGGAGGCCUCCACAGGUGUCUUGGAGGUUCUGCACUGCAUGGUGCUGGAGAGCCCAGAGGCCCUCAAUGUCAUUAAAGGGGGACACAUCCAAUCCAUAAUUUCCCUCCUGGAUAAACAUGGACGAAAUCACAAGGUGCUGGAGGUGCUGUCGUCCCUGUCUCUGUGUCACGGCAUGGCCGUGCGCUCCAACCAGAACCUCAUCUGUCACGGCCUGCUCCCCGACCGAGACCUGCUUCUGCAGAGCCAGCUGGUCAACCAGGUCACAAGCAUGAGGCCCAACGUAUUCCUGGCCCUUGGGGAUGGGUCGGCCCAGCAUCGCAGGUGGUACUACGAACUGGCAGUGGACCGUGUUGAGCCCUUCCUCACGGCCGAGCCCACCCACCUGCGCGUGGGCUGGGCCUGCACCGAGGGCUACAACCCCUGGCCCACCGCCGGCGAGGGCUUUGGGGGCGAUGGGGUGGGAGAUGACCUCUACUCCUAUGGCUUCGACGGGCUCCGUCUCUGGUCAGGUUGUGUCAGUCGCCGGGUGAGUUCUCCCUUCCCUCACCUGCUGAGAGACGAGGACGUGGUCAGUUGCUGCCUGGACCUUGUGGCGCCCUCCAUCUCCUUCCGGGUCAACGGGCUGCCCGUGCAGGGCAUGCUGGAGAACUUCAACAGCGACGGCCUGAUGCACCCUGUGGUCAGCUUCUCCGCUGGAGUCAAGGUGCACUUCCUGUUCGGAGGACGGCACGGAGAGUUCCGCUUCCUGCCCCCGCCGGGUUUCGCCCCGUGCUCCGAGGCCCUGCUGCCCGGGGGGGCCAAGCUGAAGGUGGAGCCCUGCCAGCGCUACAGCCUGGACCCCGAGGACGGGGGGCGGGAGCUCCUGGGCCCCUCCAUGGCCCUGCUGCCGCCCACCUUCACCCCCACACCCGUGGACAUCAGCAAGGUGGAAUUACCUGCGCAACUGGAACACAUCCGGGAAAGACUGGCCGAGAAUAUCCAUGAACUUUGGUCAAUGGACAAGAUAGGACUGGGCUGGGCCUACGGAUCUGUGAGAGAUGAGGCUAAGCGUUUGGACCCCGGCCUGGUCGAGUUCCAAAAGCUUCCUGAGAAGGAGAAGAACCAGAAUCUUCAGAUGGCUCAGAUAACAAUCAAGACGCUCCUCGCUCUUGGAUUCCACAUUGGGCUGGCAGACGACCACGCUGAGAAACACCUUCAGUACAUACGGCUUUCAGCAAAGUAUGAGCAGCACAGCGGCUACCGGCCCGCCCCGCUCGACCUGAGCCAGAUGGUGCUGGGCGUGGCCCUGGUGACGGCCGUGGACGCCCUGGCCCAGAACGAGCACAACGCCUGGGCCGAGCAGCUCAUCGCACAGGGCUGGACCUAUGGAGCUCAGCGGGAGGGGAAGGCCAAGAGGAGCCCCCAGCUGGUGCCGUACGGCCUGCUAGAGGAGCAGAGCAGGGAGGCGGGCAGAGACAGUGCCCGGGAGGCGGUCUGCACCCUGCUGGCCUACGGAUACAGCCUGGAGCCCCUCGCCCUGGAGCCCGCUGCUCUGAGCGACCCGUGCAGUCUGCCCUCCGCCGAGGGGGGCCGGAUGUUUCGUGCCGACCAGCGCUACGCGGUGACCCAGGGCCGCUGGUACUUUGAGUUUGAGGUGCUGACGGCGGGGGCCAUGAGGGUGGGCUGGGCUCGACCGCAAUGCUCCCCGGACCGAGAGCUGGGCUCUGACGACUUGGCCUAUGUCUUUGACGGCUCCACGGCCCAGUGGUUCCACCAGGGGGGCGAGCCUCUGGGCUGUCCCUGGAAGAGGGGUGACGUGGUGGGCUGCCUGCUGGACACGGCCCAGCGCACCAUGGUGGUCAGCCUCAACGGGGAGGCACUGCUCAACCACCUGGGCUCGGAGCUGGCCGCCAAAGACUUUGACAUCGGAGACGGCCUGCUGCCUGCGGUGAGCCUUGGGCUGAACCAGGCGGGGAGGCUGAACCUGGGCAGGCAGGGGGCCACGCUUCAGUGCUUUGCCCGCUGUGGCCUCAAGGAGGGCUACCAGCCCUUCGCCGACAACAUGGCCAGAGAACCCCCCCUCUGGAUGAGCUGGAGGCAGCCUCAGUUCAUCUCCGUCCUACCCCACCACCGAGACCUGAUGGUCACCAGAGACAGUGGGAAGGCCGAUGCUUCCCCAAGCCUUAAGGUGUCUCAGCGAACGAUGGCGUUGUCUAACCUCGGAGGCAGUGAGACGGGCUUCUACCGACUCAGCAUGUCUGUCCAGACGGCUGCAGUACUCGCCAGUCCUGCAGGGGGUGCUCUCCCGGGGACCACCAGCCCGGUGUCUCCAAGCAGGAAGGAAAUGGAGGAGUUUGAGGUGGACUCAGACUUUGAGGUGCUAAUGAAGUCUGCCCAUGGGUUCUCUGGAUCGAGGGACGAGCUGAAUCAAAAGGACCAGAGCCACGACAAAACAUCCAGGCUCAAGCAGCGGUUCAUGCUGAAGAAGAACAAACCGGGCUUGGUCUGCAGCAACUCCUCCGCCCGGCUGCUGGAGGACGUGCUCGUGGAGAAGGAAAACAACGGCUGUCUGGUGCAGAGCUCAAUGUAUUACUACUCAGUACGGGUGCUUCCUGGCCAGGACCCCUUCAAUGUGUGGGUGGGCUGGGUGACCUCUGACUUCCACCAGCAUGGGCCCACCUUCGACCCUGACAGAACCCGCACCGUGACGGUGACCUUGGGGGACGACAGCGGCAAGGUGCAGGAGAGCGUGAAGCGAAGUAGCUGCUACAUGGUGUGUGCGGGAGAAGCCACCGGUCUGUCCCAGAGCCGGAGGAGCGCGGGCCUUGAGAUCGGCUGUCUGGUCAACAGCGCCAGCGGGCUGCUCACCUUCACGUCCAGCGGAGUGGACAUGGCCACUUUCUACCAGGUGGAGGGAAGCACAAGGCUGUUCCCUGCCGUCUUCAUCAAGCCCACUGCCUCCCAAAUGUUUCAGUUCAAUCUGGGUUGUGUCAAGAACGUGAUGCCGUUGUCAGCGGGUCUCUUCCGCAGCCAGAGGACCAACACGGCUCCUCAGUGCCCUCCCAGGCUGCACGUCCAGCAGCUCUGCCCCGUCUCCUGGACCCGGGUGCCCCAGCAGACGCUGAGGGUGGAGGCGACGCGGCUGGACGCCCGCCACGGCUGGCAGGUGCAGUGCUCCGAGCCGCUGCAGGUCAUGAACCUCCACAUCCCGGAUGAGAACAGGUGCGUGGACAUCUUGGAACUGUCGGAACGUCAUGACCUCCUGACCUUUCAUCACCACACCCUCCUCCUCUACUGCUCCCUCUGUGCCCUUGGCAACGCCAGGGUGAGCCACGCCCUCUGCAGUUACCUGGACCAAUCCCAGCUCCUCUAUGCCAUUCAGAAUCCCUAUCUCCCUGGGCCGCUGCGAACAGCCUUAUAUAAACUCCUCAUUCAGGUUUACCUCAGCUCCAGCGCCACCGCGUGCCUCAUGACCAACCAGGAGUACGUCAUUCCCCUGACGGAGCAGGCCAGCUCCCUCACCCUUCAACCAGGCUCGGGUACCACGUGUGCGGGCUCUUCCGGUCCACCUAGUCCCAUUCCGAGCAUGGCCCUCAGCACCUCCCUCAAGCCCAAGAUGCUCCUCUCCUUGACCUGCUUUGUGCGUGCGAGCAACGGGAUCGCGGACGCUAGCGGAGAAGGUAGCGGCGGCGGCCCCGAGCCCUCAGUCUUCACGGGCAGCCCGCGCAUCCCCCUGGAGCAGCUGAAGAGCCUCACCGUGGAGCUGCUCAGCGCGGCAGUGGGGGCGGCGGGGCAGGGCGUCCGCGACCCAGAAGGGGGCAGUGUUGAGCUGCUGCUGGUGCCGCCACUCCGGCUGUUCUACAGCCUGCUGGUCAUGGGGGUGUUUGGGGACGAGGAUCUGGGUAAGGUGCUGGAGCUGAUCGAGCCCGGAGUCUUCCGCAGGGAUCCCCGUGGCGAGGAAAAGGGGACGCUUGAUGACCAGGGGGGCCGUGGGGGUGGUGAUGAUGAUGAUGAUGAUGAGGAUGAUGAUGAUGAUGAUAAUGAUGGAUUUAGGAAAGAGCAGAUGGGCUACAAAGGCGGGAAGGAAAACAUUCCCAAACAAGGGCUACUCAAGAUGAAGCUGCCCGAAGCUGUCAAACUGGAGCUGUGCCAGCUCCUGUCCUACCUGUGUGACUGCCAGGUGCGCCACAGGGUGGAGGCGGCGGCGGCCUUCUCGGAGAGCUUCGUGGGCCGGCUGCAGGAGAACCAGCGCCUGCGCUACAACCAGGUGAUGGAGGCGUUUAACAUGUCCGCCGCCCUCACCGCCCGCAAGACCAAGGAGUUCCGCUCCCCUCCGCUGGAGCAGAUGAACAUGCUGCUGAGCUUCAGAUCGGAUCAGGACCACGACGACUGUCCCUGUCCAGAGGAGAUCCAGGACCUGCUACACGACUUCCACCACCGCCUCACCGCACACUGUGUGUCCCUCAAGGAGCUCAUCUCGGCGACGGUGGUCCUCUGGGCCCAGGAGAGCGAGGUGGGCGACCCGGCUCUGGUGAGGGCCAUGUUCUCCCUGCUGCACCGCCAGUACCAGGGCCUGGCGGGCCAGAUGGGAGCGCCGCUCCGCAGGGCCUACACCAUCAGCCGGGCCUCGGUGGAGGACGCCGUGGGCCUGCUGGCCUCGCUGGGGCAGAUCCGAUCGCUGCUCAGCGUCCGCAUGGGGGGCGAGGAGGAGCGGCUGAUGAUCCGAGGGCUCGGGGAUAUCAUGAACAACAAGGUGUUCUACCAGCACCCAGACCUGAUGAGGGCGCUGGGGAUGCACGAGACUGUGAUGGAGGUGAUGGUCAACGUGCUGGGGGAGGGAGAGUCCAAGGAGAUCAGCUUCCCCAAGAUGGUGGCCCACUGUUGCCGGUUCCUGUGCUACUUCUGCCGCAUCAGCCGCCGCAACCAGGGCGCUCUGUUCGACCGCCUCAGCUACCUUCUGGAGAACAGCAGCGUGGGACUAGCCUCUCCAUCCAUGCGUGGAGCCACACCCCUGGACGUGGCUGCAGCCUCAGUCAUGGAUAACAACGAGCUGGCCCUGGCGCUACGGGAGCCCGACCUAGAGAAGGUGGUCCAGUACCUGGCCGGCUGCGGGCUCCAGAGCUGUGCCAUGCUCGUGUCCAAGGGCUACCCGGACCUGGGCUGGAACCCCGUGGAGGGAGAGCGCUACCUGAACUUCCUGCGCUUUGCCGUCUUCUGCAAUGGGGAGAGCGUGGAGGAGAAUGCCUAUGUUGUGGUGAAGCUGCUGAUUCGCCGGCCCGAGUGCUUUGGCCCCGCCCUGCAGGGCGAGGGGGGGGACGGCCUGCUGGUUGCUAUGGAGGAAGCCAUCAGGAUCUCUGAGGAUAUCUCUAUGGACGGACCCUCAACCACCUACAGGUCCAGCACAACACUGUCAGACGACGGGGGAGACGAUGACCUCAUCCACAUGGGGCACGCCAUCAUGACCUUCUACGCGGCACUCAUUGAUCUGCUGGGCCGCUGUGCGCCGGAGAUGCACCUGAUCCAUGCUGGGAAGGGGGAGGCCGUCCGCGUGAGGUCCAUCCUGCGCUCCCUGGUCCCCCUCUCUGACCUGCAGGGGGUGAUCAGUAUUCCCUUCAAGAUCCCCUCUAUGGAUUCCAAUGGCACACUGGUGGAGCCCGAUCCAACUACAGUGUUCUGCCCAGACCACAAGGCUGCUAUGGUCCUGUUCCUGGACCGGGUCUAUGGCAUCCCGGACCAGCGGCUCCUCUUCCACCUGCUCCAAGUGGGCUUCCUGCCCGACCUGCAGGCUGCUGCCUCGCUGGACACUGCUGACCUUGGCUCCGUCGACAUGGCCCUGGCUCUCAACCGCUACCUUUGCACGGCCGUGCUCCCCCUGCUCACAAAGCACUCCGGCCUCUUCCACGCCUCCGACGUCACCCCCCCCGCCCCGGCCGCCCUGGUCCAGGCCCUCACCCAGGCCGUGUACCGCCUCUCCGCCUCGCCCAACCUCACCAAGGCUCAGAGGGAUUCCAUCGAGCAGUGCAUGCUCGCUAUCUGCGGUGAACUUCAGCCAUCAAUGAUCCAGCCUCUACUGCGGCGUCUCGUCUUUGACAUUCCCCAACUCGCGGGCCACACCAAGAUGCCACUAAAGUUGCUGACCAAUCACUAUGAACAGAACUGGAAGUACUACUGUCUGGUUGGCGAGUCAGGAAACCUAGGCUCCGCCUCGGAGGAGGAGCUUCAUAUGUCCAGGAAGUUGUUUUGGGGCCUGUUCAAUGCUCUGGCUCAAAAGCCCUACGAGGCCGAGCUGUUCAGACUGGGGCUCCAGAGCCUGGCUGCCCUGGCCGGGGCCCUGCCCCCCUGCCACACCCACCCCUGCUGCCUAAGCCAGACGGAGGGGAAGGGCUCCUGGGACAAAGAGGGCCAGUUCAACCCCCAGCCGGUGGACACCUCCAGUGUGUCGCUGCCGGAGAGACUGGAGUUUGUUGUGAACAAGUACGCGGAGCAUACCCAUGAGAAAUGGUCGCUGGACAAGUUUGCUAACGGCUGGGUGCACGGGGAGCAGCUGUGUGAGCAGGCCAAGGUUCACCCCCUGCUGAAGCCGUACCGGGCUCUGGCGGAGAAGGACAAAGAGGCGUACCGCUGGGCUAUCAAGGAGACGUUAAAGACAAUGCUGUCCGUCGGAUGGACGGUGGAGAGGAGUACCGAGGGCGACUCCUUUGGUCUCCCCACCACCUGCACACGCAGGCCCCCGCAGGCCGGACCGUUGUCUUUUGAGGGAGCCUCCACCUUCACUCCCAAACCCUUGGACAUGAGUAGUGUGACCUUGUCAUGGAACCAGUGUUCUAUGGCCGAACAGUUGGCGGAGAACUACCAUAACUCUUGGGCCAAGAGCAAGAAGCGGGAGCUGGAGGCCAAAGGUGGAGCGAGUCAUUCCCUGCUGGUGCCCUACGACGCCCUGAGCGCCAAGGAGAGGAGCAAGCUGCGGGACAGAGCCCAGGACGUCCUGAAGUUCCUCCAGCUCAACGGCUACACAGUGUGGAGGGACCGGAAGUCAGUGGAGACGGACUGCCCGGCCAUAGCCACGCGCUACGGCUACACGCUGCUACAGAGGCUGCUGUCCUACACAGAGGAGGCCCAGGAGGACAUCCUGGAGCUGGAGGUGAUGCAGGCCAGAGGGCAGACGACCAAGGGCGAGAAGCCUCAGCACCAGCAGAGGAUGCACUUUCUAACCAAGGUGGUGCUUCCUCUGCUGGAACAAUACCUCAAGAGCCACCAGGCCUACUACCUUUCCAACUCCACCACGUACCAAGGCACCAGGGGCCACGCUUCUAACAAGGAGAAAGAGAUGGUCGUCAGUUUGUUCUGUAAACUGGCGGGUCUAGUGAGACGUCGAACAUCUCUCUUUGGUGGUAAAGACGCAUCCAUCAACAGCUGCCUCCAUGUCUUGGCUCAGGCUCUGGAUGCCAGGACCCUGAUGCAGGGCUCCUCAGAGGUCAUCCGGGCCUCCCUACGCUCCUUCUUCGAUGCGGCAGCCAUCGACCUGGAGACGACGGUGGAGCACCUCUCCGUGACCCUGGCGGCCGUCCCCCAGGGCAGGGGUCCGGGUCCGCAGCAUCACCGGGGCCUGGCCAGCGUGUGCGGCUACACGGCCUCCACCCUGCUGCCCCUCCUCACCGCCCUGUCCCAGCACCUCAGGAGCCAGGGCUCUGGAGAUGACCUAUUAGUGGGGAGCGUCCAGGCGUACUGUUACCGGAUCCUCAACUGCCUGUACAGCCUGGGCACCAGCUGCAAAGUGUAUGUGGAGGGACAGAGGUCAGCCGCAGGCGCCUGUCUGGCCGCCCUGAUCGGGGUGAUCCCAGUCAGCGUCCUGGAGCCGGCCCUCGCCCAGGACCAGCCCAGCUCCAUCUUCCACACGCUGAGCGACACCGAGAGACAAGACCUGGGGGUGCCCGGCAGCGCGGAGGAGCUGUGUCCCCUGCUGCCCUCCCUGGAGCAGGCCCUGGGGGAGGUGGAGACCUUGGCAGCCGCCGGCGCCGGGGCUCGCCAGGCCCACUACGGCCACGUCACCGAGGUCACCCUGCCCCUGGUGUGCAGCUACAUGGCCCGCCGGUGGCAGCCGGUGGGACAGCGGGUUCACCUCGACACCGCUCUACUGGGCCACAUCCUCCGUAUCCUCCACAACCACCUGGGGAAGUGCCAGGGGGACUGGAUGCAGCAGCUCGCAGUCUUCGCCCAGCCAAUCAUCUGCGAGGCCUGCCCCGCCCUCCUGAAGAGCCACUUCCUGCCGCUGAUGGAGAAGCUGAGGAAACGGGCGGAGGGCAUCCUGCAGGAGGAGGAGCGCAUGAAGAUGGACGCGGCGUCCCACAGCGACCGCUCCGAGGCCGAGCUGCGCAUCCAGGAGAAGUUCAUGGUGCUGGUGCGGGACCUGUACGCCUUCUACCUGCUGCUGAUCCCCUUCGUGGACGCCAAGCGAGCCAGCUGGUUAAAGGAGUGCGACCCAGAGGCCCAGCAGUUGUUUGGCAUGGUGGCCGACAUCUUUACCUUUUGGGCCAAGUCUCAUAAUUUCAAGUGGGAGGAACAGAACUACGUGGUCCAGAAUGAAAUCAACAACUCAGCCUUCCUGGUCAACAGCAAUGACAAGAUGUCCAAGCCCAUGGACCAUGAGAACAGGAAGUCAAAAAGGAAGGGGGAUCGCUAUUCCCCACACACCUCUCUCAUUGUUGCUGCCGUGAAAAGGCUGCUCCCUGUAGGCCUGCGUUUCUGCUCUCUAGACGACCAGAGCCUUAUCGCACUGGCCAAGAGCCACCUCCAUCAGAGGGAUGCAGACGUUGAGAUUCAAGAGCAUAUCUGUAAUGGUCUAUUACAGCUUCAGAGCCGGCAGGACUCAACAGUGAGCCAGUGGCAGAAGGACCUCUACAGCGAGCCAAUUGGGCCGCAUAAGGACAGCACAGACAUCCAGAGCAAUGCAACGAGGAUCCUGCACAUCGCCCGCGUGCUCUAUUACCUGGAUCAGGUGGCACACCCGCAGAGCGGCAAGAGAGCCGCCUGGCACACGGUUCUAUCCAAGCAGAGGAAGAGAGCGGUGGUGGCCUGCCUCAGGAUGGCCCCCCUGUACAACCUGCCCAGGCACAGAGCCGUCAACCUCUUCCUCCAGGGUUACCACAAGUCCUGGAUAUCAGCUGAGGAUCACAGCUUUGAGGAAAACCUUGUGGAGGGUUUAGCAAGGAGGGGAGUGAUGAAGCACUGCGGAGCCAGCAGUGAGGAGGAGGAGGAGGAGGCGGAGGAGGAGGAGGAGGAGAAGAGGAAGCAGAAGGGGGUGGAGGAAUGUGCCCAGCCAAUCGAUCCCCUCCGACAACUCAUUACGCUCUUCAGCCAGAGCGCCCUGACAGAAGGAAGUAAACCUGGGAACGACACGCUGUAUAUGUCCUAUGCCACAAUUAUGGCUAAGAGUUGUCAAAGAAAGGAGGAAGAGGAUGAAAACGAGGAGAUGAAAACCUUUGAAGAGAAGGAGAUGGAGAAGCAGAAGCUGUUGUAUCAACAGGCCCGGCUCCACGACCGCGGCGCUGCAGAGAUGGUGCUGCAGACCAUUAGUGCCAGUAAAGGAGAGAUGGACUCCAUGGUUUCAUCCACUUUAAAGCUGGGUAUUUCCAUCCUGAAUGGAGGAAAUACGACUGUGCAGCAAAAAAUGCUGGAAUAUCUUCGAGAAAGGCGAGACGUGGGCUUCUUCAAGAGCAUGGCGGGCCUCAUGCAAUCCUGCAGUGUGCUGGACCUGAAUGCAUUCGAGAGGCAGAACAAAGCGGAAGGAUUAGGGAUGACUGUGGACGAUAGCUCAGGGGAGAAGGUGAUGCCAGACGAAGAAUUGACCUGUGAUCUGUUUCGUUUCCUGCAGCUGCUUUGUGAAGGACACAACUCAGAAUUCCAGAAUUACCUGAGAACACAAACCGGCAACAACACCACAGUUAACAUCAUCAUAUCCACUGUUGACUACCUGCUAAGGCUACAGGAGUCAAUCAGUGAUUUCUACUGGUUUUACUCGGGGAAGGCAGUGAUCGAUAACCACGGGCGGCAGAGUUUCUCUAAGGCCAUCAGUGCGGCCAAGCAGGUCUUCAAUACUCUCACCGAGUACAUACAGGGUCCGUGCACGGGGAACCAGCAGAGUCUGGCCCACAGCCGCCUCUGGGACGCUGUGGUGGGAUUCCUCCACGUCUUCGCUCACAUGCAGAUGAAGCUCUCGCAGGAUUCCAGGCAAAUAAAUCUGCUGAAGGAGUUGAUGGAUCUGCAGAAGGACAUGGUUGUAAUGCUGCUGUCGCUGUUAGAGGGUAACGUGGUGAACGGCACCAUCGGGAAGCAGAUGGUGGACAUGCUGGUGGAGUCCUCCAGCAACGUGGAGAUGAUCCUCAAGUUCUUCGACAUGUUCCUCAAGCUAAAAGACCUGACGUCGUCCGAAGCCUUCCGGGAGUACGACCCCGAGGCCCAGGGCUGCGUGUCCAGGAAGGACUUCCAGAAGGCCAUGGAGAGGUGCAAGCGCUUCUCCCCGCCCGAGGCCCACUUCUUGCUGUCCUGCACCGACGCAGACAGCCCCCUGCUGGACUACGAGGGCUUUGUGGACCGCUUCCACGAGCCAGCCACAGACAUCGGCUUCAGCCUGGCCGUGCUGCUCACCAACCUGUCGGAGCACAUGCCCAACGACUCCCGGCUCGGCACGUUCCUGGAGCUGGCCAAGUGCAUCCUGACCUACUUCCGGCCAUACCUGGGGCGCAUCGAGAUCCUGGGCAGCGGGAAGCGCAUAGAGCGGGUCUACUUUGAGAUCAGCGGGUCGAGCCGCACGCAGUGGGACAAGCCCCAGGUGAAGGAGUCCAAAAGGCAGUUCAUCUUCGACGUGGUGAACGAGGGAGGGGAGAAGGAGAAGAUGGAGAUGUUUGUCAAUUUCUGCGAGGACACCAUCUUCGAGAUGCAGCUGGCGUCUCAGAUAUCCGACUCCGGCGCCGGGCAGAAAAGUUCUGGCAGCGAUUUAGAGGAUGAGGAGGAAAAUGUUAAUAGCAACAACGGGAAAGAGCCGGGCGCAAAGCCUGGCUCGACACAUGAAAACGCGUCUGGUGCGCUGUUGCCUUCACUCUCUCGCCGCAACGCAAGGAAGUACUUCAAGCGGAUGACGGCGAGGGACCUCCUGGUGGCGCCCGUGUGGCUGGUCAGAUGGGUCCUCCUGGGGACGGCGGCACUGGGCUGGGCCGCGGUGCGCACCGUCCUCUACGCGCUGUACGUGGCCUUCAUCAACGGGGGCAUCGUCGAGGCCUUCCAGAAGACUGGGGUGCUGGACGCGCUGGGCAGCAUCCCGGAGCCCACGCUGGACCGGGUCGCGGAGGCGUCGGCCCCUCUCCGGGAUCGGCGGCCCGUCUCCUUCCAGAGAGAAGGGUGGGAGCUGGGGGAAGGGGCUGGGGCGGCCGGGGGGGCAAAGCCCCCGGCGGCGUCCCCUCGAGAGGUGGACCGCCUCUCAGCCAUAUUUGGUAUGCGCCUGACGAAGGAAGACGGGCAGUAUCGAUUCCACACGGACGACCCCACGGCGGGUCUGACCGACCUGUACCGCGCGCCCGCCUCUGGACAGAGCGCCCCGGGUCACUUUGUCCCCGGAGAGCAUCAGGCUCCGGCGGGUAUCGGGAGGGGGGAAGAUGAGAAAGUGUCUGAGUCUCAGAAGAAAAUAGGAGACGUGACUGAGAAGACGGAGGUCAAGUUGGAGACCAGGGGGAAGUGGAAAACCAAGCGGUGCUCCAGCCAGUGUGAGGAACCAGACGCCCAGCAGUCUGCCCUGUGGGGGUUGAUGGGCAGCUAUCAGAUGAAGCUGCUGAAUUGCUUUGCGAGGAAUUUCUACAACAUGAGAUUGCUGUCUCUCUUCGUGGCAUUCGCUAUCAACUUCAUCCUCCUCUUCUACAAGCAUCCUUUGAAUAGCAACCUCUCAAGAGCUACUGUUAUUCAUCUAUUCCUUUCCUUUUCCGCCACCUUAAUUCUUCUUUCUUUGAUUCUAUCUUUCCUUGCUCUUUCCUCCAUCUUUCACCUGUCCGUCUUCCCUCCUUCCAUCCUGCAUUUCUUUCCCUCAUCUUUCUGUCCCUCCUUUCCUCCAUCUUUCAAUUUGUCCUUCCCUUCUAGGGUUAGUAUCUGUAUUUCUCCUUCUCUCCAAUCCUUUCUCUUUCCGUCUUCCUGUCUUCCUAUGCAUCCCUUCAUUUCCGUUUCAUCUCCCUCUCCCAUUUCCCAGGUGUCUCCCUUCACCGCGGAGGAGGACCAGAGCAGCGCUACGGCGGCGGCGGCCUCGUCCCAGCCCGAGGGGGCUCAGGACCCCGCCGAGGGGGGAGGUGGCGGCGACGGGGGCUUCUUCGUCCUGGAGGAGAGUAGCGGCUACAUGAAGCCCUCGCUGCGCCUCCUGGCCGUGACGCACACCCUCUUCUCCUUCUGUUGCAUCAUCGGCUACUACUGCCUCAAGGUGCCACUGGUGAUCUUUAAGCGGGAGAAGGAAAUCGCUCGGCGGCUGGAGUUUGACGGCGUGUACGUGACCGACCAGCCCCCGGACGACGACAUCAAAGGCCAGUGGGACCGAAUGGCCAUCAACACACGGUCGUUUCCCAACAAUUACUGGGAUAAAUUUGUCAAGAGGAAGGUGAUGGAUAAGUACGGGGAGCUGUACGGUAGCGAGCGGAUCGGUGAGCUGCUGGGUUUGGACCGCGCCGCGCUGGACUUCAGCUCCCAGAGUGCGGAGGCCAGGAGACCCAGGAGGGACACGGCCUGGAGCUCUCUAUGCUACGCCGUUGACCUCAAGUACCAGGUCUGGAAACUGGGGGUAGUGUUCACUGAUAACUCUUUCCUAUACCUCACCUGGUACAUGGUCAUGUCAGCCCUGGGCCACUACAACAACUUCUUCUUCGCCGUUCACCUCCUGGACAUCGCCAUGGGCUUCAAGACCCUGCGCACCAUCCUGUCCUCGGUCACGCACAACGGGAAGCAGCUGGCCCUGACGGUGGGCCUGCUGGCGGUGGUGGUGUAUCUCUACACCGUGGUCGCCUUCAACUUCUUCCGCAAGUUCUACAACAAGGGCGAGGACGGCGGCACCCGGGACAUGAAGUGCAACGACAUGCUCACCUGCUACAUGUUCCACAUGUACGUGGGGGUCCGUGCCGGGGGGGGCAUCGGCGACGAGAUCGACGACCCGGCCGGCGACGAGUUUGAGAUGGAGCGCGUAGUCUUCGACAUCACCUUCUUCUUCUUCGUCAUCGUCAUCCUCCUGGCCAUCAUCCAGGGUUUGAUCAUCGAUGCCUUUGGGGAGCUGCGCGACCAGCAGGAGCAAGUGAAAGAGGAUAUGGAGACCAAAUGUUUUAUUUGUGGAAUAGGAAAUGAAUACUUUGAUACGGUCCCUCAUGGCUUUGAAACACACACACUACAGGAGCACAACCUGGCCAACUAUCUAUUUUUUAUGAUGUAUCUCAUUAACAAAGACGAAACCGAACACACUGGACAGGAAUCUUACGUGUGGAAGAUGUACCAGGAGCGCUGCUGGGAAUUCUUCCCUGUGGGCGACUGUUUCCGUAAGCAAUACGAGGAUCAGCUGGGAUGAGAAGCAGAGAGAUCCUAACCACCACCUACCUCCCCCCAUGACAAUGUCAUCACAUCUGACCUUGGUGGGCUACAUAAAGCACCCUCACCACUGAAUCGGCUCCUGAGGAAUAUACAUCUAUCAUGUUUUACAUGUUGCCUUCGUAUGAUAAUUGUUUUUGAAAAGAUUACAGUACUUUAUACCAGUUAUUCUUAAGCAAUAAAAUACGUUUCAAUUUGAAAGUC